AUGCCCUGCCGCAAUCACUCCCACAGAGAGACAGGGAAGAGUGUGUGGAUGUGUGCCGAGAACACAGCGACUGUCAUCUUCAGAGUAGGCCAUCGUGGCACCGUCCGUCAUGCGUCAUCACACACCGAGCAACGCAUGCACCCGGCAGUGCAAAAACAAGAGGAGAGAAGAAUGACCCCAAGAGCAGGCAACACCCUCACUCAUGGCGGGGCAUCGUGCAGCGGCGUUGCCAUUUCAGCACGGGACGCAAGCCAACGUCCCGCCGUCGCCAAGAGCAUUCAUGCAGAGCGGUGUGCAAAUACCUAUUUUCUGUGUGCUGGAACAGCAGAAAGAGGAGCACAGGAAGGCAAAUCAAUACAGCAAGAGGCACAGCUGGAUCGCAGGAAUACAUGCGGUGCGGCCUCAACCUCAACAAUCACGCACGGUGGCAGCACACACCCAUCCACAAAAACAAAAAAUAAAAAAACAAAAGAAAAGAAGAACACGGCGGCAGAGUGUGGCUGUGUGUGUGGUGCUGCGGGUGUCUGCCAGCCCUGA